AUGGGAGAACAGGCAAAGUCUCUUGUAGCAGAGAAGAAAGAAGACGGGACAUACGCUCAAUUUUACACGCAAUCGACUUUGGAACACGCUUAUGGUUUGUGCGGCAGCAAUACAAGCAUUAGUAGGAGACUAUCAAGACUUGUGCUCAAUGUCAUCUUACUAUAUCUGUUAGCCAGUCAAGGAUGCUUUUCAUUUAACAAGAUUCGCAAUUUCUGCAUAUAUCUCACGAAGGAAUCUCUUCCGACAAAUUGGCGUCCCAAACUGAAAAGCAAAGCAGAACCAAAGCAUCAAGUAAAGUUGACAGCCGAAGAAUACAUCCAGCGCCAAAAUAAUCUCAAGGAUCACCACAGCAAUCCAUCUACACUUCGAUCAAAGAAGUAUCCAUCCACAACAAAACACCUUGAACGACGUCUGUGCAGAAGUAAGAAGUCAAAGUCAGUAUGUAAACGCACCAAAGAGAACAACGAGCAAAGUAUCAAGCAUAAUGCGCAAUACGACCUGCUACACAAUCUACAAAGAGCCAGGACUUUAGAAUAG